GACUGCAAUUCCAUCGAGCCUAGUUCAUUUCAGUCACCCGCUCAGUGCACAGACGGGACAAGGAGAACAGUUUCAGCGCUGCCUGUUUGUCAAAGCCCCCCUUAAAAAUAUCCUGAAGUGAAAAUGGUAAAGUACAUGCGACAGCACAUCGAGCUGAAACCCGAAGAGGUCCUGUCGGGGUCUGAUGCGUCCAUGGACCAGCAGGAUUUCGGAGAGAUGUCCGACUAUUCUUUCAGCGACGUUUUAUACUCCAAAUGUUCCGCAAUGGACCAAAUCGGCACUUUUAUGAAGAACGUGCAAGUGCUGCUCGAUGCAGCACAUUACAUAGAAAAUAUCGAGAAGAACAGUGGAAAAUGUGAGCACGGCUAUGCUUCCACGUAUCCUGCAGGCCAGACUGCACAUCAACAGAAACAGCGCAAAUUCAAGAACAGGAAACUAGACAACAUUCACAACAGAUCAGCACACAAUGAACUGGAAAAAAAUAGACGAGCACAUCUCCGCCUGUGUUUGGAGAGGUUGAAGUCAUUGAUCCCUCUGGGACCAGACUGCAGUCGCCACACCACGCUGGGACUGCUCAACAAGGCCAAAGCACACAUCAAGAAACUUGAGGAGACGGACCGGAGGAGUCUGCACCAGCUGGAGAUCUUAGAAAGGGAGCAGAGGCACCUUCAGAGGCAGCUAGCCCAGCUGCAGACUCAUGGAGAGAGGGAGCGGGUCCGUACAGAUAGCCUGGGCUCCCACACGGAGUCUGAACACUCAGAGUCUGACAGAGAGGAGAUUGAAGUUGAUGUGGAAAGCACUGAGUUCUCCCAUGGAGAAUUGGACAGCAUAAGCACCAGUGGUGCGAGUGACCUGGAUGACCACAGCAGCCGGCAGAGCUCGGCCAGCGAUGAGGGCUACUCCACCUGCAGUCUAAAACUGGCCUUCUCUGCUUAAACCACCAGCCUAUACUUUCACUACAGCUGCAGUCUCAAUGGCUUUCACCUUUCAAAGUACCAGCCUUCAGCUCCAUUCUCCCUCUCAGUUUGUGUUAACCGUCUCCAGAAGAACCAGUCUCAACCCCACCUGUAUCCGUCAAAUCAAAGGUCUACACCAACCCGUAAACCAGCCUUAAGUCCAACUCAGUCUAAAAGUGAAAAAUGUCUCCUUCCAAGAGCCACAGGCUCCUUUGCAUCAGUCAACUGAAAAGCCUCAAAUUUAACUUCUCUGGCAAUAAAAAGUUUCCACAUUUCAGAGUUGACUUAACCAAUCACCUGAAUGACCCUUGACCCAUUACCAGCUUGAAUUUACUAUACCUGCACUCAAUAGUGAUCCUCUAAAAAGGACCCCGUGAUUGCACCAGUGUCCAAACUGAAGGGAAAAGUCAACCUUUAGUGAAGUUAAUCCUUUGAAACCAGCAAAAACACUAACACACCCAAUACCAGCUAGAAGCUCACCAUUGGGAACGUUUGCUCCAUUUGCCUUGUAAAAACAUUGUCCCUUUUCUUUGGAUGAUAAAUCCAGACAGCACUUCUUGUCAGUGUGCGAGUCAGUGGCAAGGGCUACAAUGUCUGCAUUCCAAAAUGUUUAUUACACUUCUAUCACCUCUGCUUUAGGAGCCACAGCUAUCAUUUCUUAUUAUUAUUAACGUGGCAUCCCCAGCUCUUGACUGAGACAGUCAAUCCAAACAGGAGGUGAAAUCCACUUUUGUUCUAAUUUAUUUUGCAUAUGAUUAUAGUAUUUAUUUUUGGUAUAUUUAAUUUUUCUGUAGCUAGUUCUUGGUCAUGCUUGAAUGGAAGAAAACCUUUGCUCUUUCCUUGUCAUGUUUUUAAAAAAAAAAUGUUUACCAAAUAAUCCCCACGGCUACAAGUUUAAUGCAUUUCUAAAUGAUGUUUGUUGAAAGAAUAACAAAUCUCUUUCACACUGUGCAUAAAUUCCAUUUUAUUUAAAGAGUAAUAAGCUAUCCCGCACUUGUCCAAGCACAAGGCUAAAGCAAUAACGCAUCUAGUUUUAUUCUAUCUUAAACGUUGGCUGCGUUUAGCACACUAUUUUGUCCGUCCAACACGAAAUUGCUGUUUGCUAGUUUUCAACUUGCUCAAGUAGUUAUUAAUGAUCAGCCGUAAUAUGAUUGUAAUUGAUUUUUAAAAAAAAGAAGCUAUGGUGCAUGUGUGUUGAAUGUAGCUUGUCUAAUCAUGGUGUAAUGUGCUUUGGAUUGACAAGUCUUAAAAAUGUCUGUAGCAUGAAGAACAUAAACACUACAGAACACCAAUUUUUGGUUUAUACUUCAAUGUUUAAUACUGUAUCUUUUAUAUUGUUGCAGAUAAAGAACAAGCUCAAAUCCUUGAUUUGAAGACUUCCCGUGAGUAAUUCAAUGUAUACUUGACAUAGAAUUUCACUACUGACCUGUCAAAAUCCAUCAAAACCAAAUAAGACAUUUAUCUGCAUUUUUCUGGUCUAAGUCCCAAUCAAUUACCACCAAAUUGUGUCUUAACAUGGGUAUAUGACUCUUGCACAAAGUUCCUUGUUACAGGUCUUUUCAUUCCCCAACCUUUUUUGGGAAACUUUAAAAUGCACUAUGAAAAAGACUUGUGUUAAGAAGGUAUGUCAAAGCACACUCCAGAAUGUUUUCUCUUGUGCUCAAUCAGCCAUCAGAGGUGACUUUUUUGCAAAACGUGCUGCUGGUCCCCUGCUAGUACUUUGUAACAGUUCCUGACAACUGUCCCUGGAAUCUCAAUAAACCUCUACCACCCAGACAUAAAGUAGUGUUGUCCUGUUUUUAUCAUU